AUGUCGUUCCCUAUCAGUGCUGGCCUCUUCCAGACACACCAACUCAUCGAGAACGAUAAAAUCUUGAUCCGAGAUGAGAUAUAUGGAGAGGAAAUCGUCCAUGAGCCAGUUCUCGUAGAGCUCCUUCAAAGCCUGGAGGUGCAGCGACUGCAAGGCAUCUGCCAGCAUGGAGUCAGUGGAUUCUUAGGCCUGACACCGCGAGUGACACGGCUCGAACAUUCGGUCGGCGCAUUUCUACUCGUGCGAAGGGUUGGAGCCACGAUUGAAGAACAAGUCGCUGCUCUCCUCCAUGACAUCUCUCAUACCAACCUCAGUCACGUCAUCGAUUUCGCCCUCUCCAAGCCUGGGGAAGGAAGUUAUCACGAGGUACACAAGACACGAUAUCUUAAGACGACGCAACUACCGGAUAUUCUUGCCAAACAUGGUAUCGACCAGAAGGUCUUCGAAGAAGAACUCUUUCCACUAGUGGAGAUGCCAUCGCCUCAUUUGUGUGCCGAUCGCCUAGACUAUGCUUUACGCGACUCUGUCAGUUACGACAAGCUUUCUAUAGAGGACGCCAGAAGAGUUGUCGGUUCACUGAAGGCGUUUCCCAGUGCUACAGCGACCCACCGUCUGCUGGUUCUGGACGAUCCCCAUCUAGCGUUGAUCCUGUCUCGCGCGUACAUCGCUGCCGACGAGGCUGUCUGGGCAAAUCCAGCCCACGUUGACAUGUGUGAGCGGACAGGCCGGGUGAUACGGGAACUGGUGGAGGCAGGAUGUAUAGAUGAUAAGGUGUUGUGGCAAGUUUCCGACACAGAAUUUUGGGCUCUACUCCGUCAAACAGCGGAUCCUGAACAACUUCGUGCCAUUGAGAGGCUAGAAGAGGAAGGGGCUCCAGAAGAUAGUGGACUCCGACUGCCACCUGGCUCGAAAAUUCGCACCAUUGAUCCAGACAUUUGGCAAGGAGAAAAACAACCCGCGCCGUUGUCGACGGUAUUGCCAACGUGGGAAUUAGAGCGAAAGCAGUACAUUCUCAGUCGCAGUCAUUGUUGA